CACACACACAUUUAGCAAUUUAGAACAUGCAAACUUCACACAAAUGCCAACUGACCCAGCCGGGACUCAAACCAGUGACCUUCUUGCUGUGAGGUGAUUGUGCUACCCACUGCGCCACAGUGACGCCCAAUUUAAUAAUUAAAUAUCUGUUUUAUAUAAUGAUAAAACCAUGUAAGUUGUUAAUGAAAAAAUUUAAAUAUUAAUUUAAAAUCUUAUGGUGACUUCAAAAAUUGUCCUCAAAUGGCUGAGAAAUACAGUUUUGAGAAUUAUUGCAUAUUAAUGCUACUACAUUUACUUUCUGAUGUGCAGGAAUGCAAAACAAUCUGAUUUAUGUUUUUCAUCAGUGUUUUAUUGUGGAGAACAGACUGUGAGAGUUCAAAGCCUGAGGUCAUUCUGUUCUCUCUCUUGAUUGGCUUGUGCUCUUUUAUGCAAAUCGCUCAUUUAAAUAGUGCCUGAAUGAGCAGUUUUUAUGAGUGGGAGAAGAAACAGCAUCACAUAUGAGACGCUGAACACUGCAGUCAACAUGUUUCUACAGGAUCUGGACGUGCUGUGUGUGUGUGUGUGGUCUGUGCUGUUGUGUGUUUCUGUGGUCUAUAUUCUGCUGGCCAACACAGAUCUGUUUCUGACCAAACCGGAGCAGACGUCUCUGGAUGUGCUGGCCGACGCGGACCUCAGAUCCACCACUGGAGAAGAUGCAGUGAGUUUUAAAGCCGUCUCUCUGUGGAAGCGAACCGGAGCUGUUAUUAUGGCUGUCAGACGGCCAGGAUGAUCUCUGUGCAGAGAGGAGGCGUCUGAUCUCUCCUCUCUGAAGGCUCAGUUGGAUGAGUGUGGAGUGUGUCUGUAUGCUGUGGUCAAAGAGAACAUCGGCUCAGAGAUUCAGCUCUUCAGGCCGUAUUUCAGCGGGGAGAUUUUCCUGGAUCAGCAGAUGUGUUUCUAUGGUCUGAAGCCGAGGACGAUGAAGAGUUUGGGACUCGCUCGGUUCGGGGUCUGGAAGAACCUGCUGCAGGCGUGGAGGAGAGGCUACCAUGGCAACAGGAUGGGGGAGGGGUUUAUUUUAGGAGGCCUUUAUGUGAUUGGACCAGCCAGUCAGGGGAUUCUUCUGGAGCAUCACGAGAAAGAGUUUGGAGAUAAAGCUGAUCUCUCUGCAGUCUGCAAGGCUGUCAGCAUGAUUAACAAUACAGAAAAGAAGAAAAUAUGAUCAUGAGCAUGGGUGUGUGUGUGUGUAUCGUGUGCGUCGUCUGACAGUGUGUAUGUGAAAGACUGAUCCUAAACUCUAAUGAAAGGACAGUCUUGAUGGUUUACACUCCAGACCACAAUAACACACACAAACACACACAUUUUACUACUUUUCUCUACUUAUACACACACAUACACACUCUAUAUUCCUUGUUGAACUGAAAAGCAUGUACACAAAUCUCCUUUCCUCUUUAUUUUCUUUGAUUUUAUACAGUUCUAUUCUUUGUAAUUAUUAUGUGUGCCUUUCUGAAAUAACCCAAA